UUUAGAAUACAAGUCUGUCAACCUCCCUCUCUAUAUUCUUUCUUGUUUCAAACAAAAGUACAUUCAACCCACCAAUGCUAUUCAUCCAAAACAAAAACUCACAAAGGAAAAGAAAGUGAAAAAGAUUGAGCACCCAUCAAAGCCAAGAAUUUAUUUUUUCUGUUCAUCUUCUUGUUUGAAAUCUAGGGUUUUCUGGGUCAUUUGAAUAAGGAUUGAUUGAAGGGAAAAGAGAGAGAGACGGGUCAAUGGCGCAAAAUGGGCAGGGGAUGGACCCUGCGGUACUUGAUGAGAUAAUCAAUCGGCUAUUGGAGUCUCGGCAAGCGAGGACUGUGCGGCCUGUCCAGCUCGCCGAACCCGAGAUCCGACAGCUCUGCAACGUUUCUAGAGAGAUCUUCCUCCAACAACCCAAUCUCUUAGAGCUCGAAGCUCCCAUCAAGAUCUGCGGUGACAUUCAUGGGCAAUAUAGUGAUCUUUUAAGGCUUUUUGAAUAUGGAGGUUUUCCUCCUGAAGCCAAGUACUUGUUCCUAGGGGACUAUGUGGACCGUGGCAAGCAGAGUUUGGAAACAAUAUGCCUUCUGCUUGCCUAUAAAAUUAAAUACCCUGAUAACUUCUACCUUUUAAGGGGAAAUCAUGAAUGUGCUUCUAUCAACCGGAUAUAUGGCUUUUAUGAUGAAUGUAAACGCCGGUUUAAUGUGAGACUUUGGAAAAUCUUUACUGAUUGUUUUAACUGUCUCCCUGUGGCUGCUGUCAUAGAUGACAAAAUAUUGUGCAUGCAUGGUGGCCUUUCCCCUGACCUAACAAGCAUGGAUCAGAUUAAAAACUUACCUCGUCCAACUGAUGUUCCCGACUCUGGUGUGCUUUGUGAUUUACUCUGGUCAGAUCCUAGUAAGGAGAUGAAAGGCUGGGGAAUGAAUGAUAGAGGGGUUUCGUACACCUUUGGCUCUGAUAAGGUGGCAGAAUUUUUAAUGCAGCACGAUAUGGACCUUGUUUGUCGUGCCCAUCAGGUUGUGGAGGAUGGGUAUGAAUUCUUUGCUGACAGACAGCUUGUUACAAUAUUCUCUGCCCCAAACUAUUGCGGUGAAUUUGAUAAUGCUGGUGCAAUGAUGAGUGUUGAUGAAAGCUUAGUGUGCUCUUUCCAGAUUUUGAAGCCAGCAGACAGAAAGCCUAGGUUUUUUUGAACAAAGAUAAGAUAACUGCAGUCUUGAUUUUGAAUUUCUAAGGGCAAUUGUCCAGAAAACAUGGUUCAUCGUCUGCUUCGUGUACUUGUUGAUGUACAACAAUAUCAUGAUGAAGUUUUAUUCCAUAUGUCACUGCCUCAACAACCGCUACCUCUAUGGCCAUUACAGCCAUUAUCUCCUCCACUCACGGCAUUGCCAUCACUAUAGCUCUUCAUUGUCGCCUUUGCACCACUUCCCCCUACCACCAUUGCGAUUGCUGCUGCUAGCCUGCUACCAAUAAAGCACAGCCCCACCAUUGUUAUCUCCAUCUGCUGCAUUGCUGUCUUUUCUCUUGUCUGUAUUUAACAGAACACUAUUUUUUAAUAACACCUACCAAGCAUUCUUUUGACUUUUUAUCAUUGUAAUUGGUGAUUGCUGUACUUUGGAGUAAUUUCAUUCUUGGAGAACAUUGAAACCUCUUUUAUGUUUUUUUUUCAUUUUUGGAUUAAAGAUAUUUUUUGUAACUCUUCUUUUGCUUUUGUUACUUUUGUGGGGAGUUGUCUUUAGUAGAGGGCUUGUAGUUGACUUUUUUCUAUACCCUAAUGUAAAGAGGCUGCCCUCUUUUUUGGCA